UCUCUUACCUGGCAAAAACAAAACCAGCCUCUUGCUGUUUUCGUAAUGUCGUAUUGUGACACUGAAUAAAUUGCCAGUUCUCUUGUAAUAUGGGCUUUUACCAGUUACAUUAAAAGCUAUGAUUGAAAGAGCUGAUUGCAAACACCUGGGUGUUUUGAUCAGCAGUUGCACGUGCGUGGUCCUGUUGACCUCGAGCUCUCACCGAGAGUCUCUUUAAGUUUUGAACAGUUUCGUUGUUUAUAAUGGAAAAACAAAUGCUGAUGUCAGCUGUUCUUUGUUAUUUUCGCACGUUUGCCUUGCUGCUGGUGUUAACCUGUUGCUCCCCGUUGGUGAGGUCUUCUCUGGGAGCUUCCAGUGUGCUACACAAUCUGGGCGACUUGACGUACCCUUAUGGCACCAUCCUCUCCCCGCUGCUCAAAUCGCUGUCAGAGCACGGAGGGUCGAGGUGGAACCCAGACCUGAGGAAAAAGAUGAAACCUGAGCAAAAGUACAUCAAAUAUCUGACAGAGGUUUACAAGAAGUCUCCAAGAGUACAGCGGAGUUUGGGCAAGAAUAAAUUCUACAACACUGUCCGAUUGAUCAAACCUCAAGAUGAAUGUCUGGCACAAAAAGAGAAUUUCAAGCAGGAUCUUUCCUACAGCCUUGAUCAAGUAAGAAGAAAAGAACGGCUCCUGAAGUCAACCCUGCUCUACAAUUUAGACCAAGACCUUGCAUCACCUGUCAACGCUGUGUGCUACCUGAGUGUCAAGGAGCAGGAGCUCUCCGACCAGUGUCAGCUGUGUCCCGCUGCCCAACUAUCUGUAAACCUCACAGCCAGCACAGACAGGACGGGAAACUGGGUGGAGGUCGACGUGACCUCGUUUCUCCAGCCCAUCUUACGGAUACAAAGAAAAACAUUACACCUGCUCAUCAACGUCACCUGCCCAGAGGAAGAAACAGUCAGAGGUGAAGGGAGCAAUGGCCCAUAUAAGUUCACCCUGGGUUCUCCUCUUCUGCUUCUAUAUCUCAAUGACGCCAGCAACAUCGCCCACCAGAGGUUACUGGUCAGCGCCAAAGAAGGUCCAAAGCCAGCCACUGCAGCUAACACACUUCCACAGCAGAGGGCUUACAGACCAGAACAGAGGAUCGGGCGGAAAAGAAGGUGGAAGAGAGAGUCUCCAAAGAGCAAGAGAGGUGAAAAAAGUGUGGAUUUCCAUUUGCCUGAACUUCUUCCCAGCUCUGAAUUCCCAACCAGUGACUGUGCCUUGUACGAUUUCAGGGUGCGAUUCAGCCAGCUCAAACUAGAUCAGUGGAUUGUUUACCCACCAAAGUACAACCCCAGGUACUGCAGAGGCAUCUGCCCAAAUACUGUGGGCUUCAUCUACGGCUCACCCCGCCACACGAUGGUGCAGAACCUCAUCUAUGAGAAGCUCGACUCCUCCGUGCCCCGACCCUCAUGUGUGCCGUCCCACUACAGCCCCUUGAGUGUCAUGAUCUUUGAGAAGGACGGCUCCUAUGUCUACAAGGAGAUUACAGACAUGGUGGCAACCAGGUGCACAUGUCGCUAAGCCAGCUGCCUAAAUGUCUUCUCAAUGUUCUUCUUUUUUAAAGGCCAUAUCAAACAUCAACAUAAACCUCCUCAACAGUGGUCAUAGGUGGACCCGAUUCUCUGACCAGGCUCAGUGAUUUCAGGAGUUUAUAAAGUCGUUGUGCAUGAAAAAAAGUUUGAUCUGGAGCAGGUGUGUUUACUUAAUCAAAUGUGUUUACUUAAAGUAUUUUAUACUAAUGUAAAUAUGUAAAAACAUUACAUGUAUUUUCCUUUCGUUAUUGAAUGACAAGAGAGGGUGUCAGUUCAUCCUAUUCUUUAAACUAUACUGUUGGCAACAUAUUGUUGAUAUGUGCGUUGUAUUAUUUAGUAUUAUUUUUUUUAAGUUCUUUUUUUUUUUUGUUAAUUUAUAUUGGGUGGGUGGUCUCCUUAUAUUCUUUAAUUUAACACAAUUGUUACGUUUUAAGUAACCCUGUCCAGGACCAAAUGUGAAAAAGCAGUCACUAACUCUAACAGACAGAGCUCUGAACGUGCACUUGUCUAUAUAAUGUCCAGAAUGAAAGUUGUCAAGGUUUCAGUGUGUAUUUAUUACUUCUGGUCACUACGUGAUCUCAUAUGAAUGAACUGACUGCAUACUUAUGAAUUGUACUGGUUAAGUGUGACUAAAUGCCUGCCAUGUCUAUUUAUGCAAAUGAUUUCACUGUGUGUCUGUGCUCAGCUUAGGGAUACUCAAAAGAAUGAAAUGUUUCGACAAAUUCUCUGGAAAGUUGGAAAAUUAAAAAAAAAAUUAUGCAACAA